GAACGGUAAAAAAAAAAAAAAAGCUUCCCAACUAUGGUGACGAUGCUGGUCACAGUUGCAUGGCUACUUCUCCCACCGCUGCUUCUCGCCGCCAUAUCCUACCGACGACGACCAACGACAUCCCGCCGCCGCCGUCUCCCUCCGGGAUCCUCCGGCUUCCCGAUCAUCGGAGAAACCCUCCACCUGUUCCUCCCCUCAACAGACUUCGACCUCAUCCCGUUCCUCAAGUCCCGGCUCCGACGGUACGGACCGGUAUUCACGACGAAUCUCUUCGGGAAGCAGAUCGCGGUGUCGGCCGACUCCGAGCUCAACCACUUCCUCCUCCACCGCGACCAACCGCUGAUCGAGACGUGGCACACCGACACGUCGGCCGGGCUGUUCGGUGACGUGGACAUCAACCUCGCCUCCGUGCACAAGUACGUGAGGUUCGCUACGCUGAGGAGCUUCGGCGUGCAGGAGCUCAGGGAAAGGCGGCUGCCGGAGAUGGAGCGGCGGGUGCACGUGGCGCUGCGGGAUUGGUCAGAGCGGGGUAGCGUGGAGGUCAAGUAUGCCACUGCCACGAUGGUGCUUAAUUACGGGGCAAAGCUGGUGUUUGGUUACGAUCCACAACAUUAUUCCAAGAAGAAGCUUGUCGAUCUCUACUCUUCCAUAACAAAAUCUCUAAUCUCCAUCCCCUUGAAGAUUCCCGGCACCACUCACUACAAAUGUUUGAAGGAGAAGGAGAAAGCAGUGAAAUUGAUCAGGAAAGAAUUCAGAAAGAGGCAGGCUUCAUUUUUUUCGACGAAGGAACGAUCUAAAGGAGAUGAUUUGCUUGACCAUGCAAUCAGAGAGCUAAACGAUGGAGAGAAACCAUACUCUUUGUCUUUGACAGAAGAUUUCAUAGUCAACUUCAUCUUUGCACUUAAUUUUGUGAGCCAUGACACCAUUGCCAACAUAAUGACCUUGGCGGUCAAGUUGAUUGAAGAUCACCCUUUGGUGUUGGAAGAGCUAGUGGCUGAGCAUGAGGCGAUUUUGAAGGCAAGAGAGAGCAGUAGUGUGGGGAUCUCGUGGGAUGAAUACAAGUCCAUGACUUUCACCCUUCAGGUUAUAAACGAAACGCUCAGGCUGGGAAAUUUGGGGCCAGGAAUCUUGAGGAGAGCAGUCCAAGAUAUCCACACUAAUAGAUACACGAUCCCGGAAGGUUGCGGAAUCCUGAUUGCUAUCAGUGCUAUGCAUUUGAAUCCCGACACUUACAAGGAUCCUCUUACCUUCAACCCCUGGCGUUGGAGUAGGGUGAGUCCAAGUGAUAGAAUGUACAAGGAUUUGAUGCCGUUUGGAUGGGGAAUGAAACAAUGCGCAGGAUCCGAAUAUGCACGACUGUUCGUGGCCACAUUUCUACACGUUCUCGUCACCAAAUACACUUGGAAGAGGAUCAAGGGAGGAAAUUUGCGUAGAAACCCACUUCUGAUCUUCGACCAAGGCUUACAUGUCAAGUUUAAUGAGAAAGAAAUAACUCAACAGCCUCCUUCAAAUUGACGAGGGUCCUGCAUCGUCAAAUUUUUCAAUAAGAUACGAGCGACGAGCAAUAGUAGUGGCCUUAGCGAUCAAGAGAUCAAUAAACUGUUCCUCGUAUUACAAAUAUAGUGGACAUGUAUUUCAAUAUAUAUACUUUUGUUCGAUCAUGAAAAAUAGGAUUUGCAGCAACGUGAAUGGAGAGAAUCUGAGACUUGACUCUUGCCGCAUUGUACCAGAGUAGACGCUUGUCGCUUUUACUAUCACCAUCGUAUAAUAAUAAUAAUAAAAAAAGUAAAAAUGUGAAUGGAACUCUGAGACAUAUAUAUUUCUGUAGACAUCUCACGAG